CUCCUGGCUUCUCAGGCAGACCCCAGCUAUGCUGAAGAAGGACAGGGUAUGCAGCCUCGACGGUGACUAUGCUGAAGAAGGAAAAGGUAUGCAGCCUCGACGGUGACUGGCAGGCAGGACCAAGACCCAGGGUUUUUCCUGCAGGGGUCGAAAUCCCGUGCCCUGCCAUUCCCCUGCAUGGUCUGGCUAGAGUUUCCUGUCCUUCACUUUUUUUGCUGGAAUUUGGCUUGUACCAACUUGUCUCGUAAAAACCCUCUCCUGCCUUCCAAAUCCAGUCAACAUGAGUCACCCGCUGAGCCCAUCCUUUGCCUCCUCAUUGCAACACGGAUGACAGAAACCAUCCAACAGGAGUGCUUGAAUCUAUGAUGAGUUUUGUUCUAUUGCAUAAAUCUUUUCCCCGUUUACAGGGCUCUCCCCGCCUCUCCCGCCCUGCUCCCUCUGCCUGGGCCGGCAGGCAGAGGGUUACGCUGCACCUGUCUGGGUGUACCUGUCCCAGGGCACCUGUGCCGGCAGCCAAUCCCUGCCUGUCCGGAAUACCUGUACACAAAACCGCAUCACUCACACCCUGCACAGGCAAUGUCUGUCUGCAGCUGGGACUAGGAGAGAGAAGACAUCGGAACUGACUGUCUGCAAGGAUUCAGACACGGGGGGAAGUAUGUCUAAUGAACUUGAUUUUAGAUCUGUGCGUCUGAUGAAGAAUGACACCAUGAACUUCCAGAAAUUCGCUUAUACCAAUGAAGAUGAAGCCUGGAAAACCUACCUAGAGAACCCCUUGACUGCAGCCACCAAAGCUAUGAUGAGGGUGAACGGAGAUGAUGACAGCGUGGCUGCCCUGAGCCUCCUCUAUGACUACUACAUGGUCCCAAAGGAGAAGAGGAUUCUUCCGUCUGGUAUGAUGGGACGCAAUGAACUAGGAAAGAGGCACUGCCUCGGAAUGGAGUACGACCCAGAGAUUGCAUCCUUUGAUGGCUCAGCCCAUCUCAUGAAGCUUUUGUCUGAAAAUGUUUCCAUGACCCAAGAAUAUUGUGAGCCACAGAAGAAGAACAGCUUAAGUCUUGAAGGCACCCCUACUCCUCACAAGCAGGCCAUGCUUCCACCAGGCACUAGCAAGCUGGAUGCCACCCCAGACAACUACAUGGUCCCUCCGGCGGAUGUAUAUGAAAGCUCAUUGAACUCCCUCUUCGAGACCAUCCCUGUAGCCCCACCACAGCAGAGGUGGCAGCCAGACAGCACCUUCAAAGAGGAUCCCCAGGAGUCGCUACUCUUCAAUGAUAUCCUCAAACCCCAGCCAGAGCCACCUUGUCCCGAGAGUUAUGCUACAGAUGGUGUUAAGAGUGACUUUGAAUACACUCUGGGGUCACCUAAAGCCAUUCACAUAAAAUCUGGGGACUCUCCCAUGGCCUACCUCAACAAAGGACAGUUCUACCCCAUCACACUGCGGACAGCUGGAGACAGCAAAUGUUUGCACUUGUCCUCAAGUAAAGUAAAGAGCGUUGUGAUGAUUGUUUUUGACAACGAAAAAAUCCCGACAGAGCAGCUUAAGUUCUGGAAGCAUUGGCACUCCCGCCAGCCCACGGCCAAGCAGAGAGUCAUUGAUGUCGCUGACUGUAAAGAAAACUUCAACACGGUGCAGAACAUCGAGGAGUUAGCCUACAAUGCACUGUCCUUCGUGUGGAACAUCCAUGAAGAAGCAAAGGUGUUUAUUGGGGUGAAUUGCCUGAGCACUGACUUCUCCUCCCAGAAGGGAGUGAAAGGUGUCCCGCUUAACCUCCAGAUAGACACUUACGACUAUGCCAAUGGAACCAGCCAGCUGGUGCACCGUGCCGUCUGCCAGAUCAAGAUAUUCUGCGAUAAGGGAGCAGAGAGGAAAAUGCGGGAUGAUGAAAGGAAACAGUUCAGAAGGAAAGGAAAAUGCCUGGACUCCAAUAACAAUGGUCUGAAAGGCUGUUUGCUGUCUGGCUUCAGAGGGAAUGAAAUCACGUUCCUGAGGCCAGAGACUGACCUCGAAACCCAGCCAGUCCUGUUUAUCCCCAACGUCCAUUUUUCAAACCUGCAGAGGUGUGGCACGGUGCUCUCCCCUGCUGUUCCCAACUCUGCAAACAGGCUGCCCUUGAAACGGAGCGGUGUCUCAUUCGCAGAUGAGUUUGACCCGAUACCUCCAAAGCAAACCAAGGAAGAAGAUCCUCAGAGAGUCUUGUUGUACGUGCGAAGGGAAUCCGAGGAAGUGUUUGACGCUCUCAUGUUGAAGACGCCAGAUCUUCAGGGCCUCAGAACAGCUAUUUCAGAAAAAUAUGGGCUUCCUGAAGAAAGCAUUUAUAAAGUCUACAAAAAAUGCAAAAGAGGGAUCCUGGUGAACAUGGACAACAAUAUCAUCCAGCACUACAGCAACCACAUGGCCUUCCUCUUGGACAUGGUGGAAGCAGAAGACAAAUUCCAGAUUAUCCUCAAGGAGUUAUAAAGAGCCUCAGGCAGCACUUACUGGGACUCCUCUCAAAGCUAGCAAGUUUGACCCAACAGAACUCAGCCCAGUGCCUCAACUCGUUGCUUUUACUUGAAUACUCUGCCUCUGGGAAGAGCCUCAGCCUCACACUGCUGGGCCAGAGACUGCUUCGAAGAUCUGUUAUCGAUGUGAACAUGGAACUCUUCUCUGUUGAGUUUAUUAUUAUUAUUAUUAUUUUUUAUUUUAUUUUAUUCCCUUCCCUUCUGGCAAUGGGCCUGACCACCUGUUUCAUAGCUGGGAACGUGCAGCUACACAAUAUGGCUGUUGGAGCCUGGGUAGAGGCAGGGGCUGCCUUUGCUCGCUGUUUGCCUUGGCCCUUGACUGAUCCAGCCCUGGGCAUUGGCUUUCUCCCAAACCGUCAGUCAUGCAGAACCUUCAAACCAUUUCCAUCAGGGCUGAGCCCAGCUCUGAGCUUCUCUCUGUCCACAGAGACUUUCACAGAUGCAUGUAAAACUUGCUGUUGAACGGACACUGCCUGAUCCCAUGCCCCCCACCUUGCCACAUCUCUGAUUGUAAAUACCACGAAGGCCUCCAUAGCCCUUGUUUAUACAUUUCUGAUGUAUGGUUCCUUUUAUAUUUUAUAUAUGGAUAAACCUGCAUUGUUUUAUAUUUGACUCAGUACAGUGACACAGAGCAUUUCAAACACAGACUGCUUCACAUUUAUCCGUGAACUCCUUUUGUAACUGUGUUGUUGAUUUUGUUGUUUUGGAUAUUCUGUAGUAAUAAAGGUUCAAAGGCAGAAAGCAAACUGUUUUCACCCAGCUCUGGAGGUUGGAGUUAAGAAGGGCCAGGCUGGAACUGGAGCAAGGAGGUGACCGGAGAGGCACAGAAAGGACUCAAGGCUGAUUUAGCACCGCGUGCUGUUUGGCAGCACAAGGAAUUUGUCCAUUUGAAUGAUUUCCAUGCAAAGGUGAGAGACAGCAAGCGCUGCCAAUCUGCUCGCAUCUUCAGCGACUGCUUCCACUGGUGCAGCAGAGCAGUGCAUGGGCUCCUCCUGAACCUGCGCACGGAGCUUUCCCUUCCAGCAGAGCCGCUCUACUUCCUCUGGGAAGGGGGUUUGAAAUGUUCAAAGGCAUCAGGCUGCUGAAUGCUGGAUUACUCAAGUGUUAUCAUCACAAUGAGGAGGCCUCUAAGAUGAGGCUAAGAUAAAUUUGAAGGCUUAUCAACAUGUGAAGAUCUCUCCAAGCACUCUAAGCUCCAUCUUUGUGUCAUAAACUUCAGCAAGAUUUCUCUGAUUUGUGUUAGUUCUGUAAGGCCGUGCCUGCAGUAUUGCCAUGGCAGAAUUUCAGCGCCAGUUAAAAACGGGCACACCAGGAAUCCUCCAAUGCUUAACUUUGAUGGCUGUGAAUCCUACAGAUCCCCUCCUCACUCUGAUGUAUCAGGCAGAUACAGGGGCUCUGGGAGCAGUCUGCCACAGGAUUCCAUGUGCAAGGCACCCUACCUGCACUGCCUCUGCAGGGUUCAUCACAGGGAGGGGAAACUCAUCUUGCCUGACUGCAUGGACAAGUGCCAGCUGCUCAGGUAAGACGAGAGGUUUCUUGUUGCCUGUGGGAGAGAGAGCACCCAGCCCUCUUAGAGACAAAGGGUUCGGUGGUUCAGGGGAAGCACUUUGUCCUCCAUGCCCUUGGAGAGGCCUGAACACAAGGAAUCGGUAGGAACUGCUCAUGGAGAAGGCUGGGAGUGCCCCAAUGGCUUGUGCUACGUUUCUGUAUGGAGCCAGUGCUCUCUGCCAUGAGCUGUCAUUGCUGUAGCGGUGACUGGGGCUUUGGAGACACCGCUGGCAGUAGAGGCAGCUGCUUGCAGUACGGAUUUGGGAGGACUGCAGACAGCUGGGGCAGGGGGUGGGGGGAUUCUGUGCACACAUUGUCAUGAGCUCUUGGUGACCUUUCAUCCCUCAGUUGCUCUAAAAGUCUGAUUUGUUUUUGUAACUUCUUACCAGUGCAAAUGCAGCACUACCUGUCUGAUGCUUUUCUUGGUUACAAUUCUAACCCAUUGAUUCUAGUAGCAUUACUCCUGGUUUACAAUAGCAAAAGUUCUAUCGGUGGUUGCUUCAGGUUCCCAGCAGAACAGAUGAGGUUUGCUGCAUUUUACAGUGCGUCCCUUUCAUACCGGCUACAAACCUGUCCUAAGUUUUGUAGGGUGAGAACUGCCCUAGCUGGAGCUGUGUGUGUCUGCACUGUGCAAAUGACUCCACCCCCUGCGUUCUGUUCACGGGAUAGAGGUAGAGAACCAGGUGCUUUUUCUGCUCAGGUUCUGGGUAACCCUUACUUUGUCAGGUUUUAAAUCACUGUAACUCUGCUGUGCACAGAGAAAUGCCAGUUGAUUCACCCCAGUGUAAGAGCAGACACUGUUGCCGCCCCCUGCCACUCCUGCUGAGGGUGGGUGUUUUGCUGACUGGCUCAGUAUCGCUCAUCACUUCUAGCAAAGGUGAGUUGCUGUAGAGGUUGUGUAAAGCAGAGCUCCCAAAUAUGUGAAAGCAUUCUUGACUCUUUGCCCGGAGCCCAUCAGUUCCUUUUGAAGAUUAAGAUACGAGUGAUGUAGGAGAUUCACCUCUGAGCGAACAAAGGUCGUGUGAAAGUAUGAACUUACUUGUGUUUUGCAAAGGGUUCACAGUGACAAAUGGGAGCAACUUCCUCUGGAGCGGGAUCCACUCUGGGCAGUUGACAGCUGGUUUGUGCUGACUCAAGUCAGAAACGUUGAAGUCCACUGGCUUGUAAAAGGUACCUGGCAAAGGGCAAAGGGCAUUGGGGCACAUGCACCCUGCACUGUGGAGUUGUGAUGCAUACUCUGCACAGGCACCGGUUGCUUCUGCUGUGUCAAGGCCAGAUGCUGUGCAGCAAACCCAGAGUCCAUCACUGCAUGAGCAAGUGGCAGAGACGCAGGCUUUGCCUGCACUGCCCUUCUCGUACAUUUCUGCCCUGCUAAGAAAGGACUCCCCCCUCAGGUAAUAUCCCCCACAGGCAUGGUCAGUCUCCAUGCUCAGCACCUGCUUUCUCUUUGGUUUAUCAGAUGAAAGCACCAGGAAAAGUCUUUUCGCAGCUCCCAUUAUCUGCAGUAAUUAUUCAACUUCUACAAAACUGGAAGCUUUCAAUCACCUUUAGCUAAUGAUCCCCUUCCAAUAUACAGUACCAAGUGCUGGUAAUUAGCUGCAGAGCUGUCAGCCAGCCAACUGUGGUAGGCCAAGGACAGGACUGCUUACUGUGUGUUAGCAUCUGCUUUGAGGAGUUGGACUGAAGUCCUGUUUGAGGAACCCUGCUCUGGUGUCUGGGUUCUGCUGCAUACAGCGCUGGAAGCCACUUCCUACCAUACCAGUAGAUGCAGGAACACUCCCGAGUGCUAUGGGCAAAUAAUUGCCUGCAAUGACAGAGAUGCAUAAAAAAGAGAAACACAGCAGUAUGUGAGCACAGUUGUGCGAGAGGUCUGGUAUCCCUGGUGCUGGGUAGAGGGCUCUGCUGUUCACUUCUACAAAUAAUAGCUAGUUUCUGUGUCUUUAUUCAUGCUUAUUCAUUCCUUGCAUCACCAAUAGAGUAGCUGAGGAUCUCGGUGAGUGGUGUGGUUCUCCAUCGCUGUAAGGGAAAAAAACAGCAUCCCGUGUUAUGUUAGGACACCCGCACGUCAUUUUUUUCACCUGUCCCGGGGAACUCUUCCUGUGAUCUGCUCCUCGUCUGUUGUCCUGUGUACGAGACAAACACAGUACUUGAGCAGUCGUUCUUCAGAGACUCUUUGUAAACUACAAAGUUGUAUGGCCCAGGCCCAGGAACGGCUAGAGCAGAGACAGUCAAGCCGCAUUUCUGUCUGUCAUGAGGAAAAGAGAUUUGAGGAACUUGUCCCACACUGGCCAGUUUUUAUGUCUGGAAAUAAAAGCUGUGGUUUCUGUUAACUGCUUGGGGAGCUGGAUGCUUUAUCUUCCUAAGCCAAAAUCUUUGGGAGGUGAUCUGGGGAAAAAAGUCCAAUUGCAAUGCCAUGGACAGCCUGCUUUGUUUACCGUAAAAUACAAAGGCUUGCCCAUGGUCCAACCUCUGUGGCAAUCUGGCUGCCCAGCUACUCCACAGAAAGAUAGUGCUGAAACCAAGACAGUGACUCCAGAUGGGAGUUUCUCCUGCUCUCGCCCACUGACUGAAAUGGGAGAGGGAGCAGGUGCUAACCCCAGUAGUUGGGUGUGGAGCGGUUUUGUGCUUUCUGAUAGUACAGAAUUGGUGAUCUUGUCUCAUCACAUUUAAUUUGCCCUUUUUUCCUAGCUCCCUUUCCUUAUCAAAUGCCACUUGGUGUUGCUUCUCUUCCAGCCUACCAGAUGAGAGAUGUAGUAAAGAUACACCUCCUGGGUAAGUAGAGCCAUGGGCUUUCUCAUGUUCUCAUUCAUUUCCAUGGUCAGGAAUUUAUUGUUGAUCUUAAUCUUAGGCCAGGCAAUGUCACUGCAUGGUAACAAUAAACUUACUUGAACAAUCUGCAGAUUUAUUUGUCUUCUCAUAAGGAUACCAAGGGGGAGGAGGGCUUAGGAGAAGGGAGUUUCCUUUCCUGCCUUUCAAUCUUUUUGACAGAAGCAGUAGGAGGGAAUACAUGGGAAUGGCAGUUCUGGCUUGAAGGAAGUGCUCGAGAUCUUUACGAGCCUCUUUCCAGCUUUAAUUCCCAGCCUUAGCAGAGGCUGAGGAAAUGCCCAUGUUUUACCCAUUGGCUACAACUUGUAGGCCCUACAGGCCCUCACACUCCAGGUCUCAAACCUCACUAGGCAGUGGGCCAGGAGAAGACUUUUGCAGCUAGAGUACCGUGGAGCUUGGCACAUUAUGCACUAAUGUGGCUUCUCUGGAAGCCUCUAGCAUUUAUACUUUGUUCCAGUGAUUCUUUAUGAUGACUCAAAACUGUCAGGAUGAUUUCCAGAUGGUUGUCUCAGCAAAGGCUCAAAGGGACCUACCCAGAGCUCCCUUGAGACUCACUAGUGUCCUGACACCUGCCUAAAUCAAACAUACCUUAAGAAGCUCUGAGUUACCUGUAUUUGUGUGUGAUGGUGCUCUGCACCCUGGAGGAUCAGAAUCAAAACCACCAGCAAUGUCUUUCCUCCCAUCUCAAGGCUCACAUACACGGAGAAGGCCAUUUUCCAAAAAUUUUCCAGAUUUAAUCGUCUAAUGGUUUUGAACACUGUCAGGCCAGAAACGUUGUUGCUUUGCUUGUAGAAAUCCAUAGAAGUAUGUUUCAAAAAAAAAAGCAAAAGGGUUUGUGGAUGCCUUUAAAUUGACUUAUGUGUGGUUAAUUACCAACAAAGGAAAACCCACGUUUAAAAUCCAGUUGUCACCAUUGUGAACAAUUCUAAUGACACAGAGGUAGACAGUAUCAAGGCCAAAAUCUGUGUGCGCUUACCAAUUGUAGAUAGGUCUCUUUGUGAUUGCCAAGCAUGUAAAGGUUACAAUUCUACAGACACUGAUGACUUGAAACUCUUGCAGAAAAUGUGGCCUUGUGUGUUUAACUGCUGUCUCCAGACCUCCAAUGUCAGCUCUAAGCAUCAGAUUUUGUUCAAGUCACCAACUGAGCACAGAAUUUAAGGUGGUGCUGCCGAGACACUAACGGGGCAUCUGCAUGGUAGCCCCUGGAUAGCACUACAGAGAAAAGGAGGCGAAUCUGUGGCUGUCACUUCUGGGACUGCAGGGUGGGCUGAUGGCUUUGACGUAAGAUGACUUGAAGUAUCUGUAUUUCUGUUCAUUCACACCUGCAGGUAACUGCUGGAGUGGUGGUGUCCUCCUACAGCUUGCACCAAGCUUGUGAGGAGCAUCACACAAAACUUUUAGAAUUAUUCUCCUUACAGAGUCAAAAAAACUACGGUGCCAAAGGUUAUGUGAUUUAUCCAAAACCACAGAAUGGAUCACUGGUGAAAUGGGACAAAGAAAAGAUUCUUCAGAUUCCUAGAAUGAAGCCUAGCCUCUUGGAACACAUUACAGGAUUUAAAGCUUUUUAUUGUUGGCUGCUGAAAUUGAUUUUAUGUAAUUGGGGAUUAGGUAGAGAAAACGUCUAACGGUCGAGGCUAAUUCAGUUAUGGAAGUGGAAGAGUCCAUUUCAAGCACAAAAAUGGGGAGGCAACAAGAAGACAUCUGCGUAAAAGAUCCAAACCUGAAAAAAAGACUGACACUUUCCCCUGUUUCUGUUCCCCGCCCCCAUAUUUCCUGUAUUAAGCUGGUGAAAUGACUACAACAGUCGUGAUGUUUAACUGUCUGUUUAAUAUAGAGUUUGGUCCCAGAGCUUUGACAGCUUGGGACACUGUUUUCUGAUUUCUCACUCAUUUUUUCUUCAAAUCUUUGUCAACUUUCAGCUGUCAUUCUCUCAAAAGCAGAUCCCCUAGUUACUAGACAGUAGUUCCUUUUCACCCGAGAGCCACGGCCACGUACAGACUGCAGGAUCCGGCCUCCUUUUUCUUCUCAGAUGUCUCUCUGACUAUAGUCAUAAAUUAUCAGACACUGCCAUCUCUUAAAUAAAUAGCUUCCUGUUCUGCUUCUUGUAGGUUAGAUACUAUCUCCUGCAGUAAAUCAUGAGUCAGUGAUUAAUUCAAGAAGGUUGUCCCCAGAAGCAAAUUCUUAAAAUGUUAAAAAUAAUAUGAUGCGAAUCCAUUAUUGUAUAAUAUAGAAAAUAAUUAUGUCCUGCAAACUAGUUUAAUCAACUCAGAACAUGCUGGGGCAGAUAGUCAGAGCGAGUCAUUAUAAGAAAGUUCAGUCUUAGCGUACAGGUUCAUAGAAUCAUAGAAUAGCUGGGAUUGGGAGGGACCUUAAAGAUCAUCCAGUUCCACCCCCUGUCAAGGACAGGGACACCUCCCACUGGAUCAGGGGCUCCAAGCCCCAUCCAACCUGGCCUUGAACCCCUGCAGGGAUGGGGCAGCCAACAGUGCUCUGGGCAACUUGUUCCAGGGCCUCACCCUGCUCAUAGUGAAGAGAUUCCUCUUAAUAUCCAGUGUAAAUCUGCCCCUCUCCAGUUUAUACCCGUUCCCCUUCGCCGUAUCACCACAAACCUUUAUAAACAGUCCCAUGGGGCUCUAGAGGGGUCCUGUGGGUCUCUGACAGAGUCCCACAGGUCCAAGAGCGGUCCUAGAAGGCCCUAAAGGGGUUCCAGGUGGCUCUCCAGGGGCCUUAGGGGUCCUAGAAGGCCUCUAUGGGGCUCUAGAGGAGUACUGAGGGGGUCCAGAUAGAUCCAGGGGCCUUCAGAAGGGUCCUGGGGGUCUCGAUAUAUAGAGGUCCAGAGGACCCAAGAGGGGUACUGUGGGUCUUGAAAACAUCUUGGAAGUCCAAGAGGGGUCUGGCAAAGAGCCACCACCAUCUCCAUGUUGCAGCUUGGCUGAACUGCUCCUUCUUCUCGAGCCCCAGGCAGUCCUGCCUGCCUUCCCCGCAUGAUGAUCUGACCGCUGAGGGACCUUGGCUGUAUGUCUCGAGUGGGAGUCUUGGUGCCAGAGGGUCCUGUCUGUGCCCCAAGGGUGGGAGUCUGGGUGCUGCGGCACCCCGGUUGUGUUCCUGGGGUGCGGCACCGGCAGCAGAAACCCCCUCUGAUCUGAGAGAGCACCCUCCCGCUCCUCAGCUGUCCCUUUGGCCCCAGCGCCGAGCUCGCCCUCGGCCAUGGGGCGAGACAGGCAGCGAACUCUUCCAUUGGCUGAGCCGCGUGUCGUUCCUGCUACGACAGCCAAUGAGCGAUGGCAAAGCACCAAAGGGCGGGCCCUAAAGCGAGCACAUCCAUUGGCUCUGCCACAUGUCGCUCAUACAUAAAGCCAAUCAGUGCCCGGAGAGCACUAACGGGCGGGUCCUAGAGCCAGCACUACCAUUGGCUAAGCUGAACGUUGCUCAGACUGCGACUGCCAAUAAAAGUCGGUAAGCACUUAGAGGCGGGUCCAGAAAUGGGUACUCCCAUUGGUGAAGCCGCGUAUCGGUCAGAGGGCGGUAGCCAAUUAGCGCCGGCAGAGCGCUGAAGGGCGGGACCUGAACGGAGCGCUCCCAUCGGCUGCCAUCCCUGUGAAGGAACUGGGCGAGGGCUCAGUGCUGCCGUGCCGCGGCCUCAGAACGAUUCUCUUGUGACAGCUUUAUCGGACUUGAGUUCUAUCUUCAUGACUCGCAUAAGACGUGGCUGUAUGUGAUGGGAGGACUGCUGGGAAAAUGGCAAGAGGAGGAUCAACAGGAAACAGUGGAAGCCGCCCUUUGAAGUUUGUUGCUUGUUUGGCUGCUGAGAAAGAGGAGUCUCUGAAUUUGCUACUGCCUGAGACAGAUCGAAGAAGUUUAAUAAAAGUUCAGUUCUACCUAAAUGGUGGGUGGGAAUACGCUUAUGUAAAGAACAUGGGAUGUAACUGUUACCGAUAUGCUUCAAAGCACUGUAUCUCAGCGGCUGGAACAUGGGAGGAAUCUUUAAAUCUGUACAGGUUUUAAACAAGGAUAAUUGACAUACAGUGGCUCAAUAACAUAGAUAAUUUUAUAUUUAAAUCAAGCCUGUCUGCCAUACAUUGACCUUCCAGUAAACCACCACCAUUUUAUAUUUAGAAGUAAUUUCCUAUUACCCGUCCUAAGUGGGAUGGUGGUUUUGCUAUUAAAAGGGUGGGUCUUGUUCAAAAACCUCUGAAGGUACUUGUUGGGUUGGUUAAGCCUGUGGUCAGCAAUUAGGUACAGGUGAAGAGUUUGCCCUUUAAAAGGCCUCUUGAUUGAGAGCUGAGUCUUACCUGUUGCCACAGCAUGGAGUGAAAUAAGGGGCCACAGAAGCCUUCCUUUCUUUGCUGGAUUUGGAAGAGUUGUGUGCUUUUCUUCAUGGUGCAUUUGAGCCUUCUGGCAUUGUUCUGUGAGUUUCAGGUAAUGAUUUUGGUUGUGGGUUUGCUUAUUUUAGUCUUAGAGUAAAAUUGGUUUGGAAUGUGGCAACUUCAGAGAAAUGCUACCACAAACAUUUGUGGUCAAUGAUGUCUUUCUUUGUUCUUGUUUUAUUAUUAGAGUUAAGGAUACAUUGAGGUACAAAGGAUUUAGGCUCAGCCUAAAUGAGAUUUCAAGUGAAGUUUUAGCAAUAGCUGUUAUUGGUUUUCCCAGAGCUGGUUUGUUUGAUUUGGCUUUUGUGUCAUAAGCAGUUGAAAAUUACGUUUGCCCAUAAUUUUUUUAUGAAAUACCCAAGGAAACUGUUAGCUUGCCUAAGUUGCUAGGAAUUUUUUUUUAAUCUACAUCAGCACCUGUGGAUUCCAGGGAGGUAAAUAUGAGAGCAGUUUUAAAAACACUUCCUAGGGAGGACUCAGUCAACUAUUCACCAGUGAGGCUGUGACAACUGUGCCAGACAAGUUAGAAAUGGUAACGAAUAAUGGAAUUACAGGAUAUGGAUGAGUGUGGUGUUUGUAUGGGGAAAUCCUACUGCACGCAUAUGUCAUUUUUUUUUGAGGGAAACUGCAACCAUGUAAAUUAGGAUGAUUUGGUUGAUGCUGCGUGAUCUACUGUUUUCUCAAGAGCAGGAAGAAAAAGCUGUUCCUAUACGCUAGCUAAAACUAUGUAUGGUAGGUGGUAUUCAGUUCUGUGGACUUAUUGAAUGAGAGUAUUGGGGAGGCGGUGGGACCCGUUUAAGGCAUUCCGGGACCCCUUGAGAGACCCCGGGACCCCUCUAAGGCCUUCCAGGACCCCUCUAGUGCCCACUGGGACACCUUUAGUGUCUUCUAGGACCCAUCUAAGACCCCCGGGACCCCGCUAGAGCCCCAUGCUACCCAUUUAAGGCUUUCCAGGACCCCAGUAGCCCCACUGGGAUGACCUUAAGGCCUUCCAGGACCCCUCUAGGACCCCAAGGACCCCUCUAGAGCCCAGGACCUCUUUAGUGCCUUCUAGAACCCAUCUAAGUCCCUCUGGACCCCUCUAGAGGUUCAUGGGACCGCUUUAAGGCCUUCCAGGACCCCUCUGGAGUGGUUUGGGACCACUUUAAACUCUUCCAGGACCCCUCUAAGAUCACCAGGACCUGUCUAGAGCCCCAGGGGACUCCUUUAAAGCCUUCCAGGACUCCUCUAGAGUAGCCUCGAUGACUUGAAUUCUUUCUGGGGCCCCUCAAAGACACCCAGCACUCCUCUAGAGCCCCUUAGAAGCCUUCUAGGACCACCAGGGCCCCUUUAGGAGCCCCGCCUAUGACAAUCACUAGAAAGGAACAUGCUAAAGUAUCAAUGUUUAGACACAAAGGCUUAUAGUCAGUUCUUAGAUACAAAGCCUUAGUAUAAGGCUUCAAGGUUGUGAUGUUUUCUGAGACCUUUGCUGUCUCAUAAGAAUGAGGAGGCUGGCUUGAUAAAGUCAGAACCAGGCAUGGGAACCGGAUGCAUAGUUUAACAAUGUGACUUUAUGAUUAGAAUAUGUUGUAAGUAUUCUGAUUCCAUGGAAACAUGCACUCUGAUUAUCUGUAUAAAUAAACCCUCAGAUGUUACAAUAAAUGAGCAAUGAUUCAUACCUC